AUGGAGGAUUCUGUGCGUGCCUGUUGGGAACAUUACGCUUACGAUGACGCUAUCUUCAUUUCCGAAGUUUACUUCGCUGAAACUUCCAGUGAACACGCACUCUUUUUGCUCGCUAGUUCUUACUACCGUAGUGGACAGGUAAAGUCGGCGUACUACCUUCUUCGGUCACGAGAAAAAUUCGAAUUGGCAGGGAACAGGUUCCUUUUUGCGAAGUGUUGCGAAGCUUUACAAAAGUGUUCGGAAGCAGUGAACGCGCUUGUUGAAGACGGAGAUACUAUCGACAGUUUGGUGUUUGGUCGAUCAACGGGUUUUGUUCACAGUCUUUUGGGAAAGAUCUAUGCGAGAAACAACCGAAUUCAUCAGGCAAAAAAAGAGCAUGUCAAGGCGCUUCAGCACAUUCCUUACUUAUUUUCUUCGCUUCAAGAUCUCAGCGAACUGUACCCUUUCAUUAACCUCGAAUCGCUUCAAACACCGAUAGAUGACUUGGAUAUAGGCAUCGAUUCUCGAACUCAGGGGCCAGCAGCAGACAGUGAUCAAUGUAGCGAUUCAUUCAAAAGCUCUACGCCGAUUCCUUGCUUUGGUUUGAACCAUGAUGGUAACUUUAAGCCUUUAGGAAAAGCCCCCAGGAAAGAAAACGCUGUCAGACGAGACAUAGCGCGGCCCAUUUCGCGUAGAGCAAGACCGCGUAAAUUUGACUUAGAAAAAAUCGACUUGAACGAUAUGCACGACGCGAAGAACAUCAGCUCAGUGAAGAGUAAAUCGGUGUUAGAUUUCGAAAUGUAUGAUACGAUGAAGAAUGAUGUCUUGAAAGACGAUCCGACGCAGGGGUUGAGAAAAUAUUGCCGUGAUUUGUACGAAAUUGAAAUUGCGCUGAAUCAGUUCGAGUGCACAAGAGCGAUCCAGCUUUUAUCACAACUGCCCGCCACCCUACAACUAUCUCCAUUCGGUUUGACGUCCGCCGGCAGGUCGUAUUAUGAGCAGGCAAAUUAUUCAAAAAAGAUUCAGCAUCUGCAGGAAGAACCUCUCCCUGCCCUCUCCUAUCCAAGAAGAAAUGAAUGUUGGAACAAGUGCUGCCCGGAGGGCUCUGUGUACGUAAAUGAAGAAGAACUCAAAGAGAUCACCUGUCAUUUAUACUUGGGCUGUCACUUGGACCGCAUGAACUCGUUAGCUGGAGGUAUUAGCAGAAGAAGGAAGACGGCUUGGGUCAACCUUAACCUGUAA